AUGAGCAGUUUUGUGGAAGAUGCUAAACGGCUUUUUGGGACCUCAAAUUUAUAUCAGAUACUUCAACUAAACUCGAAGCCAGUCGACAAGUACAACUCUAAACAGAUCAAGAGAGCUUAUCUUGAGCAGUCCUUAAAAUAUCAUCCUGAUAGAGCGGCAGAGGAAGAGAAAGAGAGAAGAACAGAACAGUUUCAGAUCCUUUCUAGAGCGUAUGCGGUACUUAUAGAUGAUGAGAAACGAAAAGUUUAUGAUGAAACUGGUAUUAUUUUGAAAGCAUUUGCAAAGUCAAGAUCUGCAUUGUGGUUACACAUUGGUUUAGGAGUCAUUGAUGAGGACGAAGUCAGCGAUGAAUGGGACUGGGAGGUUUACUGGAGAAGAUUAUUUAGAAAAGUGACAUUGGAGGAACUGCAAUUGUUCUGCAAACAAUACAGAGAGAGUGGAGAAGAAAAAAAGGAUUUAAAGGCUUCUUAUUUGAAAAACAAAGGUGAUAUGAGUAAAAUUAUGGAUGAGGUCCUUGGAGUUACUUACGAAGAUGAAGAUCGUUUGAGGAACAUGAUUAAUGAAAUGAUAGAAAGUGGAGAGCUUAAAUCUAUGCCAAAAUUCGUCAGUGAGUCCAAAAGUAAAAGAAAUCGGCGUCGAAAGGCGGCGGAACGAGAAGCUAAGGAAGCGCAAGAAGCACUUCGUGAGAUUGAGACGAAAGAAGGAACUUCAGGUCUUUUUGCUCUCAUCCAGGCGCGUCAACAAAAACGCGAAGGUGCUUCAUUUGAUGCGUUUUGUGAUUCUUUGGCGGAAAAGUAUGGGAAAGGAAAAGCAAAAAGGAAAAAGUUGAUUAGAAGUUAA